UUGUUCGCGAACCAUCCGAAGUCCCCAUGGCCACCUGUCACCUUCUCGAUAACCGAUAUCAAGAAGCUACUCAAAAACCCUCCCGUCCCGAAUAUACUAAGUAAGUAUUGUGGGGCCAACCACAACACGCUCAUCGGCACCGUUGACUCGGGCUUGUCGACCAACCCGUGCUCGACAGCUGUCGUGAGGCGUUUGUGCUCGACGAGAGCUGCGGUGACCAUGGUGGUAAAAGACAAGAAUACCCCUGUGCCUAUCCGUUGGAGCAUGGUUAUGCCCGAGGGGUUUUUGGUCAGGGAUUGUGCGGUUGGGACCAAAAUGCGGUCG